AUGGAAUUACUUGAUGUUACUUUUCAAGGUUUUUUUUCAAAUAACAACAAUAACAACAAAUUACGACAACCUGAAGAAGCAAUGGGAAAUUUAGUCAAUCGUACAUUACAAUUUGAUUCUUUAUUGGAUUUUAUUACUUCUUCUGAUCAUCCUGCUAUUUUAUCACCACCUUCUGUUUCUAGUCCAAAUCCUUCUUUUAUUACCCACAAUCAAUUAUAUUCCUUUAUUCAAAAAUCAUUCAACUUGUCACAGUUUGGUCUUGGACGUGGCUCUCGUGUUGGUGUUUGUUUACCUGAUGGUCCUUCUCUUGGUCUUUGUCUUUUAUCCGUUAUGACUUAUUGUACUUGUGCUCCUUCCAAUGCAAAUCUUACUCCUGAAGAAUUACUCAAUGAUUUCAAGAAUAUGAGUGUACAAGCUGUCAUCAUUCCCUUCUCAAAAUUACAAAAUGAAAAUGAUCCUUUGGUCAAAACUUUUAGAAAUGGUGGUUUACAAUUGAUUGGUCUUGAACAAUCUUCUGAACAUGCUAUUACCUUCUCUCUCUUUGCUGAUGCUUCAAGAAAACAUGAUUCUUCUCUCUUGGUCGAUGUUUCUUCUCCUAAUCAACCUGAUGAUAUUGCAAUGAUUCUUCAAACUUCUGGAACUAGUGGUAAAAAGAAAACUGUACCUUACCGUCUUCGUACUUUGUGUGUUGGUACCACUUGUGUAGCUUUUUCCUGGGGUCUUCGUAGUACCGAUACCAAUGUCAAUAUGAUGCCUCUUUUCCAUGUCGGUGGUAUUAUUCGAAAUCUCUUUGCUCCCAUAUUUACAGCUGGUACUGUCAUCUUGUGCAAGGGAUUUGAUGCUGGUAUGUUUUGGGAUAUUUUAGAUUUACAAGAAAAUGGACAACAAGUUUGGUAUUACGCCGUUCCUACCAUGCAUCAAGCUAUUUUACAAGAAGGAACUGUGCGGAACGUGCCUGAUGAUAGACGCCGAUUCGUCAAGAUGAUUUGCAACGCCGGCGGUGGACUUUUACCUUUAUUGGCCAAAGAAUUGAAAAAUUACUUUCCUAGUUCAACCGUGUUACCUUCUUACGGUAUGACAGAAUGCAUGCCUAUUUCAACUCCUCCUCGAGAUUAUUGCCUAGAUCGUGAAGGUACUUCUGGUUUGAUGGUUGGUCCCGAAGUCUCUAUUUUCAACAAUGGUAUCAAAGUCCCAAAAGAUGGUAUGGUUGGUCAUAUCAUGGUCCGUGGUGCUCCUUGUUUUGAUGGUUACGAAGGUAUUGACAAUGCUGACACUUUUGAUGCUGAUGGAUGGUUUGAUACUGGUGACAUGGGUUACCUUGAUGAUGGUUAUCUUUAUAUUACUGGUCGAUCAAAAGAAAUUAUCAAUCGUGGCGGUGAAAUCAUUUCUCCUUUUGAAAUUGAAGAAGCUGUUCUUGCUCAUCCAAAGGUGGCCCAGACUUUGGCUUUCUCUGUCCCUCAUGAAACUUUACAAGAAACUAUCGGCGUUGUCAUUGUUACACAUGAACGGCAACACCGGCCUGACUUACGAUCACUCCGCACGUUUCUUGGCAAAACCUUACAUCAAUCGAAACUUCCUCAAGUAUUGGUGUAUAUGGACAACAUUCCUAAAAAUGCCGUCAACAAACCUUUACGUAUCAAACUCAGUGAACGAUUGGAUAUUCCUGAAGUGAUGGAUUCCGAAAGCAAUCUCAAUGUAUCACAACGUCUCUAUGAAGCCGAUUGUCCUGUCAAAGGUGCUCCUCUGACUCAGCCUAUUCCCAAACGUACGGUUACUUGGUCUAUGGAUGAUGUAAUUGCUCGUUUAAUGCAAUAUCCCCAAGUCACUGAUUGUGCCGCCUUCCGUAAUCCUAUUGACAAACAAGUGAUUGCUUUUGUCGUCACCAAUGGUCCUCCUGGUCAACAACAACAUCAACAACAACAAGAUGAUCAACAUGCUCAAGGUUUAGCUAAACAACUUCAUCUUUAUCUACAAACUCAAGUACAUGAUUAUAUGUUACCCAAACGUAUUGUCAUUGUCGAUGAAAUCAUUCAAAAUACUGAUGGUACUGUGGAUCAAGAAAACCUUCAAAGGCUUGCUGGACAAGAAGACAAUGAAUCAGUCAAUGAUCCAAUUGCUGUGGUGUUAAGAGAUAUCUUUGCCUUUGUACUUGGUAUUAAGACAGUGGAUGAUGAAAAGACGCCUGGUGCUCAAUUCCCUAUGGAUGGUGAUUUCUUUGAAUAUGGUGGCAAUUCUUUGAAAAGUGGCUUCUUGAUUUCUCAAAUCCGAUCUAAACUUGGUGUGGUACUUCCUGUCACUUGUCUUUAUGAUGAAGACAAACGUACUCCUGCCGGUCUUGCCAAAGUGUGUCAUGAAAAAAUUGAUAAGGAUCAUCCUAUUUUGACUCAAGGUAUUGGUGCCAUUGGUGAUAGUGGUGAUGAUGAAACUGAUCAAACCCUCAACAGUACUGCUUACAAGGAACGUAUGGCUAAACGUGCACCUAGUGGAGCCAAGAAUCCCUUUAGUUUCUUUGCCAUGAUGGUACAAUCAUCCGCUGUUUACUUAUUACGUCCAUUACGUAUUACGGGUAGUUGGUUUUUAUUUGCAAACAUGCUCGUUAUUUUGGCUUCUCAUUGGGACAAGACUCAUAAUCAUUGGAAUCGACUUAUUCAAUUGGUAUUGGCUUUAGUGAUUGCCCGUACAGCUACUGCUUUUGUAUUCCCUUUUAUUGCCAUCCUUGUGAAAUGGGUUGUUAUUGGUCGUUAUCGUGCUGGUCGAUAUCCAUUGUGGGGUCAAUAUUAUCUACGAUGGUGGUUUGUACGUCAAGUGAAUCGUAUUGCUGGUCGUGGUAUAUUCAAAAUGAAUCCUACUUGGUAUUGUUGGUAUCUUCGUAUGAUGGGUGCCAAAGUAGGUCGCAAUUGUUGGAUUGAUAUUCAUGCUGAUAUUCAAGAAUUCGAUUUGGUGACCAUUGGUGAUGGAUGUUGUUUUGACAACUGUUCCGUACGUCCAUUUUCUUUAUCCAAGGGCAAUAUGAAUUUAUCUGAAGUGGUUAUUGGCAACAAUUGUGUAGUUGGUUUGAAAUCCAUUGUAGCUUCUGGUUCUCAUCUUCCUUCUGGUACUGUGAUGGGUCCUUUGACUUCAUCUCAUUCGAAUGAUGUCAAGACAGGUGGUUCUGCUCAUAUUGAUACUCCCGAAGGCAUGGCUUAUGCUGAUUUGUGUCGUACCAAUUUCCCUCAACCUCAUCUCUUGUUGCAACUCCUUGUGGGCUGGCCUUUGAUCGUAAUCAUCAACUUUAUCGCUUAUAUUCCUUGGUUUGCUGUUAUCUAUCUAUUGACUGCCGAAGUGUUCUUUGAAAAGCAAACUGCCAAUCAAUUUACUGAAGUCAUCCUUUAUUUUGCUGAACCUGAACGUGUGGGUUAUCACUUUUUGGCUGUGGUGGUACGUGACAACAUUGUUCCCUUCCUCUACUUGUUUGUGGUGAUUAUCUUUAAACGUUUAGUGAUUGGUAAAUUCAAGCCAGGUCCUCGUCGUCAUGAUCAAAUCUCAUUGAUGCGUUUCUGGUUGAUGGAAAAACUAUUGCCAGGAGGUGAUUUCCAUGGUGUGACAAAACGAUUGGGUACGCAUUAUGAAUUGGUCAGCAUCAUCUACCGCCUCCUUGGUGCCAAUAUUGGUAAGCGUGUUUACUGGCCUGGUAGUGGUCUCCGUGUGGUUGAAUUUGACUUGUUGAAUAUUGGUGAUGAUGUUGUAUUUGGUUCUCGUACACAUGUUCUUUGCUCUGAUGCCGUUGAAUCUGCUCCUGUUACUAUUGGUAAUGGUGCCAUGGUGGCUGAUCGAUGUGUUCUUUUACCUGGUUCUCAUAUUGGUCGUAAAGCUGUACUUGGAUCUGGUGGUUUGUUGAAAAAACAUUUCAAGAUUUCACCUGGAUCUACCUGGGUUGGCUCUCGUGGUGGCAAUGCUUACAAAUUUAGUGAUGGUGAUGCUCAAGAUGAAAAAAGUUUGGAUGAUACAGUGACACCUUUUGGUCGUGCCUUUUACCAACGUAAAGCUAAUUAUUUUGUUGCUCCUCUUUUAUUAUUGGUGCCUUACAACUUUAUUAUGCAAGUGAUUGGAUCUGUCUUUUGGUCUGUACCUGUGACAUCUGCUAUUCAAGUGGCAGCUAUCUCUGAACGUUAUCAUUAUGCCUCUCAUGUUGAAGAUAAAAUGGUAUCUCGUUUAUUUGAAGGUAAUCGUGAAGGGAUUACUUUCUGUGUGAUUUUGGGUAUGGUGAUUGUGACAGUGACAGCAUUGGCAUUCUUGGCUCUCUCCAUUGAAGUUGCAAUGAAAUGGGUACUCUUUGGUCGACGCAAGCAAGGUUCUUAUAACUGGGAUGAAUCCUCUUAUUGUCAACGUUGGCAAUGUCAUAUUACCAUUCAACAAGCUUUACGUCAUGAUGUUCUCAAUUUGAUUACAGGAUCUGGAUGGUUAGUGAUGUUCUUCCGUGGUCUUGGAUGUCAUAUUGGUCGUCGAGUAUGUCUUUAUCCCAAUGGUGGUGAUCCUAUGAUGACUGAAGCUGACUUGGUCACAUUGGAAGAUGAUGUGGCAGUGGAUGAAGCAUCCUUGGUAUGUCACUUGAAUUCUCGUGGUCAAUUCUCCAUCAAUCCUUUACGUGUUGGCGCUGGUUCUGUUCUUCGAUCAGGUUCUCGUUUAUUAUCUGGUGCUAGGAUGCGUGAAGAUACUACUCUAUUGGAACAUACUUUGAUUGUCUCUGGUGAAGUUACAGAUAAAAAAUCCAUUUGGCAAGGUUGGCCUGGUGAAGAUAUUACUGUUCAACAACGACACAAACGUAAUCAAUCCAAACGAUUCUCUGUACGUAGUUUACGUGCCUUUAUAGAUUUUUAUUAG